AUGGCAGAUCUUCCGAUUUGGCUUCCAACGACUGGCUUUGGGGGCACAACAACAACAAGUUCUUCACUAUUUGGAACACCAACAACUGGCACAUCACUGUUUGGCAGUAAGCCAGCAACCGGCGGCGGUCUGUUUGGUGCAGCAACCACCACAUCACCGUUCGGGCAGACCCAGCAGACGGGCACCGGCUUGUUCGGCGCCAAACCAGCCACGACAUUCGGAACCCAACCGACAUCGCUGUUUGGUGGAUCGUCAUUCAACACUGCCACAACCACUGUAAGUCCCUUUUCGUUUGGUAGCAGCCCGGCAGCAGGCUCGACACUUUUUGGACAACCGCAGUCGACAUUCUCCUCAUUCGGUGGCUUUCAACAGCCGGCAACUUCAACUACUUCAACCGGUCUUUUUGGUGCCAAACCCGCUACUUCUGGUUUUGGUGGAUUUGGCACAACUACCACCAGUGCUACUCCUUUCGGUACCCAACAGGGCGGUGGACUUUUUGGUGCAAAGCCAGCAACUGGUGGAUUGUUUGGAACGAGCACUGCUACUACAGUGUUUGGUUCCACGCAGCAAGCAGCAAUUGGCAGCGCUACACCGGCGGCGCCUAUAGUUCUGGGUGCUAAUGUUACUCAGUCACUGAUCGAGAAUGCAAUGAUUGAAGCUCAGCUAGCUUCGAGUCCCUAUGGUGAUAAUCCAUUGCUAAAAUUGUUGCCGUCGAAAUCGCAGGAAAAAACGAAUAUCCCAAAUCCUGUUAGGUAUGUUUUAAAUGGUUGUUGUUAUCACUCUGCUAGCUCAUUAUUUUUCGCAUAUAAAUUUAUCGUUUGUUGUCGCCGGUCUUUCUCUUCCCAUGUUAAAAUUUUGACAGAACAUGGGAAGACAAGUUGUUUUUUCUUAAUUUUCUGCAAAUAA